GUCUGUCUUGUGUUGGUGUUGUUUGCUCAAAGCGCUCGAUCAAAGCAGCCUGACAGCAUGUUCGCCCAAGAUACCGGCUCACUCGACAUUGUAUAUUUCUCCAGAUGGACAACUUCUAUUUUAGAAUCUGAUCAUGCAUGUCGUUUCGAGCAUCUUGUCAGCCUAUACGCCAGGCUUCUGCUUUGGCUGGUUGCCGUAGGGUAGUCCAUCUCCACUUAUUGACAUGCGUGUUCCCGCUGCCUGCUGUACAACGACAACAUUGACCUUGCCACACCCGACUCCCUUUCUCGUCAUCAUCAACAUAGAGGACCACAGACAUCAUGGAGAACCUUAUUAUCCCUCAGCAACAGGACCUCGCUCCUAUAGCCGGCCUCGACGCCCUGUCAGCCCAUCUCCAAGCCCUUUUGAGCGAUCAAUCUCUCGCGCCUGACCCGAAGCUCUGUAACGAUGUGGAAUUCCAGCUCACCGACGCCAACACGCCCCCUCUGCUACCCAGAUUACUGCCUACCCUCCAGGCCCUCCUCCAACUCGAGCGGCCCUCAGACCCCACGCCCCUCCUCACGCUCACCACCAAGCUGCUCGCCCCCUUGACUUUUCGUCAGGUGGUUCCCGCCAUGAUGACUGUCGAAGAUAUCCUUCGGUGCCUGUCAUCACCACUCGAGAGCGCAAAGAUGUUUGGUCUCGAGGUCAUUCACAAGGCAGCCUCUUCACCCCAGGAUGUGGACACCUUGACGUCCUUGGACAACGGGACGCUUGUAAAUGAUUUACUCAACGUCUGGAUGCAGCCGAGCGAGUUGCCAGACGUCCCUGCAAAAGCGAGUCGCGUGCUACUGGACCUUCUCACCACAGACUGCAGUGUGCCCGUUGCUUCUUCCAUGGUGAACGGUAUCAACGGCACCAACGGACACCCACCUGUUGGCAGCGGGCGACUGUGGCAUUUGUUGCUCACCCACGAGUCUUCGGCGUCGAUCGUGGUCGAGUAUUGCACACCCUCUUAUGAUCGGGACGCGAGACAGACAUCGCUCUCACAAGGCCGGCUCUUGCGGCUGCUGCCGCACCUCGCGACACUCAACCUUCCCAUGCUGACGGGCCACCCGCAUCCAAGGUUACCAGAGCCGUUGCUACCGUGGGCAGCGUAUCACAUGGUGGAUAAGCAGGAUGUUCUGAUGGUUAUGAUGCUAGCAGACUUCUGGCAGCAUCUGGUCCUUGAGAUGCGAACGCACCGCAGUGAGGCGAACGACGCCAUCAUGAAGGAGUUGAUCCACUGGGCCUGCGCAGAGGAAGAUGGCAAUGUAGGCGCCUAUGUCAGUGACGGACUCAGAGGGUGGGAGGCAUGGAGCGAAAGGCCUAUCGAGGAAGACGACAUCAGGGACUUGGGACGAUACGUACAAUACCUCCUAGACAACUAAGUAACAGUGUAGACGUCAAAGGCAUUUUAAGAUACAGACUGUACAUGGCAACACGGUAGACUCCGCCUGCCAUAUAUCGACAUUCUCACCCCUGAACACAGACGCCAAAACUAACACACGAUAUAUACGAACUCUUAGUACAAGUUUC